GCCCCGAGCUUUUUCUCAUUUUGAAGAACCGUCCCCCUUCAACCCACAUCUCCCCCUGUCACCGCGAACCUCUCCCUUCUUCUUCUUCCUUCACCGUCCUGUGAACGUUUUUUGGUGAAAUUCCAAUCUACAGCCCCGGGUUCCUGCGUUAAAGAAACCUCGGACCCAAAAAAGACGAGAAUCGUACCAAAAAUUCCCCCAACAAACGCCUCCACGCCCCCCGACCCGAAGGGAGCACCCGACUUAUAAAACAUCUCCCGCAAGCCCCUCCACCUCCAUCUCUUACCUUUUACAACAUCCCCCCGGGUCGUCGAUUCUCUCACAUCCCACAACCAUGGCCUCCUCAACAGCCAUCCCCCGCCGUGAUGGCCUCCGCCGCACCGCUGCCGCCGCCGCAGCAGCAGCGGAUUCCUCCCCCUCCACCGCGGACGUGUCUCCCACCGACAGCCCGCGCGCCUCUCCCUCCUCCUCCUCGCUCUCCUCCAUGUCGUCCAUCGACAACGAUGUCUCCGCCAAGUCCACAACAUCGACAAAGCUGAUCGACACCUACGGCAAUGAGUUCCAGCUCCCCGACUACGCGAUGGGGGAUAUCAUCCGAGCCAUCCCCAAGGAGUGCUUUAAGCGCAACACCGCCCUGGGUCUCUACUACGUCGCCCGCGACAUCGCCUGUCUCGCCACCACAUUCUACCUCUUCCACACCUUCGUCACCCCCGAAAACGUACCAUCCACCCCUGCCCGCGCGGCCCUCUGGGCGGUGUACACUGCGAUCCAGGGUCUCUUCGGGACUGGCCUCUGGGUGCUGGCUCACGAGUGCGGACACCAGGCUUUCUCGCCCUCGAAGGUCGUUAAUGAUACUGUCGGCUGGGUCUGCCACUCCGCCCUCCUGGUCCCCUAUUUCUCCUGGAAGAUCUCGCACGGGAAGCACCACAAGGCUACGGGGAACAUGGAGAAGGACAUGGUUUUCGUCCCAAAGUCUCGCGAGGUGUACGCGAACCGCAUUGCGAAGUUUGUGCAUGAGCUUGAUGAGUUGACUGAGGAGACUCCUAUUGCCACUCUCUUGCAUUUGGUUGGACAGCAGUUGGCGGGGUGGUGGUUGUACCUCUUUGCUAAUGUUACUGGACAUAAUCACCACGAGAACCAGAAGGAGGGACGCGGGAAGGGGAAGAAGAACGGGUAUACGACUGGUGUCAACCAUUUCAACCCCGCCAGCCCGCUCUACGAGGCUAAGGAUGCGAAACUCAUCGUCCUGAGCGAUAUUGGUGUUGGACUUACCAUCGCAGCUCUUGUUUGGGUGUCCAAGACCUUUGGAGCGGCGAAUAUGUUCGUUUGGUACUUCAUCCCGUAUCUCUGGGUUAACCACUGGCUUGUCGCUAUCACCUACCUCCAACACACCGACCCCUCCCUCCCCCACUACCAGCCUUCGUCCUGGAACUACGUCCGCGGUGCCGCCGCCACCAUCGACCGCGAAUUCGGCUUCAUCGGUCGCCACCUCUUCCACGGCAUCAUCGAGACUCACGUCCUCCACCACUACGUCUGCACCAUCCCCUUCUACAACGCCGACCUCGCCUCCGAAGCCAUCAAGCCCGUCAUGGGCCGCCACUACCGCGCCGAUGUGGAGGGAGGGAGCUGGGGCUUCCUGAAGAGCAUUUGGAAGAGUGCUAGGUGGUGUCAGUGGGUUGAGCCGAAUCAGGAGACACUGGGGAAGGGAGGGGAGGCGGAGGGGGUGCUGUUUUUUAGGAAUAGGAAUGGGUUGGGCGUGCCGCCGGCGAAGGUUGCUAAGGCAUAAGGUUGGCGAGGCUAGGAGGGGGGAGGUUGAAUAAUAUGUGCGCGUGGUGAAUGUGAUGGAGAAGGAUGGGGGGGAAGAGAAGAGAAGAAAAGAAGAGGGAGCAGUGGACGCACGCAGUGAUGAUGAAGACGGGAUCUGAGCUUUUAUAUGUGGCUUCAUUUUCGCAGUUCUUUUUUUGUUAUAGAGAGACGUCGAGAUGGGCAAGAUUGAUGAUGAAAAAGAAAGAUUUCAGGAGUUUAUGGGAGCACUACGCGUUUAAUUACAAAGACAAGAACUGCUAAAGAUUUUUUUUUCUUCCGAUUUCUAUUUGAAUUGUUGUCUCCCAAGUCUUUAUUUUAUUUUUGUGCUUGAAAGUUUUCGCGUUGUUUUUUAGGGGAUUUUUUAGGGGGGUUAUCUUUUCUUUUGGAAAGACGAGAGAUAGAAAGGGGACAACAGGUGUAAUAGACGGUGGCUUUGACUGAGUUAAAUCCACCGUCUACUACACAUGUUUGACUCCUUUCCAUCUAUCUCCCUUGCGCUCCGCUCCGUCCCGUGCCGUUUUGAAAGGGGGUGUGGGGUGGGGCGAUCGAUGUCUUACUGCUGUCUUAGAUACCUGUCUCACUUCUGUUUGGUGUCUCGGGGGGAGCGGGAAAUCGGGAAAGGGAGAAAGGGGAAAGACGGGAGGGGAAGAGGG